GCGGCGGGCCGCGCGUGGGGCCGCGCGGGCCGUUGCCCCAGCCCAUUACUGCACGAGCAGCGAUCAACGACAACCCGCGCGCGCUAUAUAGACGCGGGCGCGCUAGACGCGCGGCGAGGCGUGGGCGCGGCGAUGACCGCGAUGCGCUUGCCUGGCGGACGCGCGUGCGACCAGUGCCUGCGCUGGUGCUCUGGACAACGAGAUGCACUUAUGAAGCGUCUCCUGCACGCGCAACACGCGUAUAGGCACAGGGUGUGUAGCCAAAAAGUGGGGGCCACAACAAGCAAAACCUAG